GAACUCCCCUCGUCACAAACGAUUCUCCUCCUCAACGAAGUCAAGACGCCGUAUACCCUGACUCCAGACUACCCGAUCCCAGUGCCUCAGAACGACGACGAGAUAUUGAUAAGAACGCAAGUCAUUGGCCUGAACCCAAUUGAUUGGAAAGCACCCGACUACAACUUCGGCAUCCCCUCCCUCCCGCACAUCUGCGGCCGCGACGCCGUCGGCAUCGUCGUCCGCGCCCCCAAAACCACUACCACCACCCCCUCCCGGCCCCCCUCCCGCAUAAAAGUCGGCGACACCGUCAUCGCCACCUCGACCGACUACCGCAACACGUCCAAAUCCACCUUCCAGUCCUACAUCCUCGCCUCGCUCUCCAACACGGCCCUGCUGCCGCCCUCCAUCCCGCCCACCACGGGCGCCGCCCUCGGCGUCGCCUACGUGGCCGCCGUGCUCUCGCUGGGCAUCUGCCUCGGCAUCGACUUCUCCGCGCUGCCGCUCGCCAGCGCCGCCGCCAACGCCGCGGGCCCGCACCUGCUCGCGAUCGUGGCCAAGAUCCCCGACGCGAAGCUGCCAGCCGACGUGAUCGCCGAGUGCCGCAAGGCGCAGCAAGAAGACGGCGAGCACCAGUUCGCGUACGUGGAGCGGCAGCGCGGCGAGGUGGGCAAGGGCGACUGGAUCGCGGUGUGGGGGUCGUCGACGACGGGGUUCCUGAUCUCGCAGCUGGCGAAGCUGGCGGGGCUGCGGGUGCUGUUGGUCGUGGAUCUGCAUAAGCAUGGUGCAAGGCUGCAGAGCCAUGGCGCGGAUAUGCUGGUGGAUGCACAUGAUCCGGGCAGGGCGGUGGCGGUGAUGAGGGGCGUGGCGGGGGGGAGGUUGAGGUUUGGGGUGGAUACGGUGGGGAAGGAGACGGCGGAGUAUUUGGCAGAUGCGCUGGCGGAUGAGGAGGGUAAGGAGGGGAAGGGGAAGGAGGAGAGGCAUCUCGUGGGUUUGACGGGGCUGCCGAAGGAGAGGAGGCCUGGGGUCGUGCAUCAUACUGUGCCGAUCAAGCUGUUUCAUGAGGUUCCGGAGGUCGGGGAGGGGCUGAUGAAGUGGUUGGAGGUGCUGCUUGCGGAGCGGCUGCUCAAGCCGCCGGAGAUAGAGGUGGUGGAGGGGGGGUUGGAGAGUGUGAAUGGGGCGUUGGAUCGCAUGAGGAGAGGGGAGAUUUCGGGGAAGAGGAUGGUUGUG